AUGAGAAACGAUUUGGAAGGUGUCAAGUUUGCCAUCGAAUUUAUUGAUAUCAAUUCACAAGAUGAUUUAGGCAAUGCAGCACUUCAUUAUUCCGUAUACAACAGCAAUUAUGAGAUAACGAAGUUUCUCAUAUCGCAACCAGACGUUAACAUAUCUGUCAGAAACAAAGGCAAGAUGACAUCAACUCAUAACGAAAUUCUGAAGGCGCUUUUCAAUUCCGCCACGAAUUAA